CGAUAAGUCCGAUAAUACAGCCCUGGCACCGUACGCAAGAUGGCGACAGGCACGAACACUAAGGAAUGCUCAGUGGUGUGUCUGUGUCUGUGAAAAUAAUAUUGGAGGAAAAAAGUGUGCGUUAUUUUGUUUAUAAAUUUAAUUGCAAAAACUGCACAUCAGCACACGGCGCGUCCACACACCAACCCAACACACACAUAGAAGUGCGGUGCGCCUUAUCAAUGAACCGAGUCGCAGCCUGAGACCUAGCGCCCUGGACCGAAAGGCACGCCACCGAAGUGAAUUUGUUCGCAAGAACGGAAAAAAAUGGCGCCCGCAGCCACAGAAGCAAACCCAAACCCAAAAGCAAAAGCAACUUGACUUUCUUUUCGGUCUAUAGUUCGUCGCCGUACUCGUCUCGUCUCGUCGUCGACGACGAAUUUUCGUCGCAGUGCGAUCCCAAGUGAAAAAUAAUUAAAUUGUUGUGUGUUGUUCUGCACAAUACCAACACCAUUACCAUUACCGUUUGCACUUACUACUACUAGAGGAGGCUAGUAUUUUGUACGUGAUUUAAUACCACAUAUAAUACCAGCAACAGAGAAGUGCAAUUACAUUUGCGUUUGGAAAUUUUGCGCUUUUUUCUCUUUCGCCUCCCUCCCUCCACCAUACCAUCACUUCCCACUCUUCUCUAUCUGCCUCACUUGCUCCAUUUACAAUGUGCGCCGCCCAGAACCCACAGCCGCCCUUCGGCUACACCUGGGGCUUCGCAGACAACGGCAGCCGCACCGCCGAAUCGGUUCUGGAAAUAUCGCCCAACAUAAACUACACCGUCAGUGGGGAAUCGAUGCCCUAUCUGCUGUCCACGGAUGGAUCAUUGGCCGUACAAAAGGAUGUCAAAGGUGCUCUAACCGGCAAUAAGGGGAAUGUUGUGCGUCGCAUGUACGUUGUGAACGAUCCUUCGUUUCCGCCCGGUACACAGAGAGUAAUAACCACUGGGGGAGGCUCGUCGGUAGUCAAGAAACAGGAUUCGCAGCAGCAGGUGCUGAGCCUGGACAAGAACUAUCUCCUGGUUGAUCAGGCAACUGCCGCAGCAGCAGCAGCCGCGGCUGCCGGGGAUCCCUCGGUUGCCCACCACCACACAUUGACCAACGGUAGUAUUGUCGAUGCUAAGACCGGACAGACGGUGCUGACGGCGGGCUCCGCGGCUGCAAAGUCGCACUUUGGGUCAAUUGGGGCGCUGCACCUCACCCAAGAGGAGUGCAACGAGAUCCUGAUUAAGCGCGCCAUCGCUGCCGGCCACCAUCAGACGCACACAAUCACCGCUGCCGACGGAUCGCAUCAUCAUAGCUCGGCGUCUGGCGCGACACCAAGUUUCUGUUCCGUUGGCGGCGCAACAACACUCUUAGGUGACAUACUUCCUGGUAUUUCAGUUCAAGUCCAGAAAGUAAUACAAGGACUCGAAGAGAACGAGGACUCGCAGGGCGACGCACCCAACUUAAAGUUGGAGCCAGGCACAUUAGAGUUGUCCCCAAAGACCGAACUACAGGAAUCAAUGCAUUUCAGCGAAACGGACGCCACCAUCAAGAAGGAACGCCCGUACAGUUGUGACGAGUGCGGCAAGUCCUUUCUGCUCAAGCAUCAUUUGACAACACACGCACGCGUGCACACAGGUGGUGAGCGACCCCAUAUCUGUUCCCAUUGCGGCAAGAGCUUUGCGCACAAACACUGUCUGAACACGCAUCUACUGCUGCAUUCAACCGACCGACCCUACCAGUGCCAGGAGUGCAAGAAGAGCUUCACCCUUAAGCAUCAUCUGUUGACGCACUCGCGCGUCCACAGCCGAGAACGACCCUUCGUGUGCCAGGAGUGCGGACGUGCCUUCCCACUCAAGCGGCACCUGGUCACGCACAGCAAAUUCCACGCCGGCGAACGUCCAUACGUCUGCGAGGAAUGCGGUGAGAGCUUUGCCCAGGAAAACCAUCUUAUUAUGCACUCGCGCUUCCAUGGUUCAUUGAAUCCAUUUGUUUGCGCUGAGUGCGGUGCCUCGUUUCCACGCAAGUUCCAGUUGGUGAAUCACGGACGCAUACACGGCAAGAUUCCCCACUCCUGCACCGUUUGCGGAAAAGAGUUUUUACAGAAGCGAACGCUAGUUUCCCACAUGAGACGUGUACACACCGGCGAGCAGGCGCAUCCCUGCGUCAGCUGCGGCGAGGGAUUCCUCACCAAGGCUGAGCUGCACCAGCACGUGCGGGCAGCGCACAAUGGCGUCAAUCCCAACACGAGCAGUGCCACCAUCAUUGCCAACCAACAGUUUAUCGAUUUCAAGCAGCUGCAACAGCCCCACCACCAUCCGGGACAGCAUCCGCAGACGAUCACCGUCGUGAGUAACCCGGGCAACUCUACGCUUCUAACGGUCUCCACCACGGAUGCCAAUGGUGUGGCGCGUCCGCAGUUCGUUUGCCGCGAGUGCGGCAGCGCCUUCAACAGCCGCGAGGCCUUGGCUCUGCAUUUGCGACUGCACACCGGCGAUAAGAGUCUGAUGACCGAUUUGUGCGCCUUGACAGCAGCGCUGCCGGGUCACUUCUUGAGUACGGCCAGCCUGAACCCGGGCACUGUGGUGACAGCCAAUCCGAAUUUGGUGGGCCAGAACCCAGUGCCCGUGCAGAUCAUAUCGUCCACCGGCCAGGUUAUGUCGCAGACUACGCUGGUGCAGGCCGCCAACUCGACCCAUCCGCAGGCCGUAGUCACUGCCGUGCCAACGAUGCCCGUUCAUCAGCAACAGCACAUGCAACAUGUUGCCCAGCAACAACAACAGCAGCAGCAGCAACAGCACGUGGUCAAUGUGGUGCCGGCCAAUAAGCCCAAGUCGCAUUUCUGCGCCAGCUGUGGCAAGGGAUUCGCCGCCAAACACGGCCUCAUGCAGCACAACCGCCGCCACCCGAACGGCGGCUGUACGGUGCGCACUCACGUCUGCGAGUGCGGAAAGGCCUUCUUCCAGAAGAACCAUCUAAUGCUGCACCAGCGCCAGCACUUGGAGACGAAGCCAGCCAUAUCACAGCAACAGGAGCAGCAACAACAGGAGGCGGCCGUGGCAGCGUCAGCGUCUGGACAGCAACCGGUGCAGGUGCAGAUCCUGCCCGAUGGCCACAUACACGGCAAGGUCAUCAAGUACGAGAUCUGCCGCAGUGUGCUGCCAGAGGAUCAGGCCACAGCACAGCAACAGCAGCAGGCAGGCAUGGAUGUGGAGUAGCCGAGAGCACCUCGAUGUGGAAUGUAAAUAAAUGUAGAUGACUAGGACACACGCACGGAUACGAACAUGGACACGGACACAGACAUGGACAUGGACAUGGACACAGAGACAGACACGCACAUCCCUCCCAGAAGUGUCCUCAACUUUGGCGCACGCGGCGAUUCCCGUAACUGUAAUGUUUUAGUUAGUUCUUAGGCUAGCGGAUAAGUAAUCGGAUAAUCGGAUAAGUAAGCGUUACACACAUGCAUAUACUACCUACCUACCACUUACAUAGACCUAUGUAAAACCCUUUUACAUAUACAUAUACACAGACAUAUAUAUAUAUAUACAUACAUAUAUAUAUAUAUUCGACAUAUAUAUAGACGUACGCGUAGUGUAUCUGUUAAUUUUGCGAUGCGUUGGUCGCAUCUAAAACAUCAACCUGAUUGCGUUGCGAGUUUUAAAGAAUUACGUUCGAUGGUUUAAUGCAUUACCCGACUUUUACUAACAAAUAUACAACCAUAUAUAGGACUAACAUAUAUGCUAGGUGUAAAAUGUAUACAUAUAAACAGAAACAAAAAUAUACUUAGACCACUACGGAUAGUUGUAGACACUAGCAGGCGUUGCACUUGAAGAAUACGUAACCGGCUCCAGUGGGAGUUCAGUGGAGUGGGUGAGGAGCGUCGAGAGAGUGGAGCGUGGGCAUUCCUGCCGAGACUCGAGCGAUUGUACAUACAAAAAAUAGACCACAGAAGCAACGACCCGAAGAACAGAACAGGUCCGAGAUGGAGUGUGAAGUGCAGUAGGUGCCUGGCACAGUAACUAGCUAACAGAUACUAUAUCUAACACGAACCGCAGCAGGCAUAUAAAGCAAAUCUUUAGACUUAAGAAACCGUAGGAUACAAUAUUUACCACACACACACACAUACUUAGGGAGAAGAUGACGACACCAGCGUAUCAAGGAGAAACUCAGAAAAUAAUCAGCAUAAACAAGCAGCUACUUGCAUUCACUGACCUUCCCCUCCCUGAUCCCGAGAUCAGAUCAGAUCCCACAUGCCCCACAUGCCCGUUCGGCGACGAAUAUCACACUGUAAAAAGUCUACUUUAAGACCGGAGAGUGCGUGGGUGAUGGUUGGGGUGGGUGUAGGCAGGAGUACGAGUAAUUGGUAAUUAUCGCAAUCUGAUAAAUGAAACAAUAAUUAAUGAACCUACACUAAGCAUAUAUUUUAAUAUGUAAGCCUUAAAGAAAUACAAACAGAAAGUAUGAAUAAUAAUAAACAAAGAAAAUGUGUGA